ACAACAUGGAAAAACGGGUGCUGCAAGAGCGAUCAGCAUCCAGUUUGAACAUUCGCAAGAAAUCCAGUCUUAAACAGAGGAAUACGAAACAGUUGAUGGAAAAGAGACGCAGAGCGAGAAUAAAUAACUGUCUGGAAACCUUGAAGACCAUUGUUUUGAAGAACACGAAUCAGGAUGUAUCGCAGUUUUCUAAGCUGGAAAAGGCAGACAUAUUAGAGAUGGCGGUGCAAUACAUGGAAGGCAUUCAAAAGACGAAACAGUCGGGUUCUAAGAGCCAUACAAACGAAAACAACCCCUGUUCGAACUUUCAAACCGGAUAUCAGGAAAGCACCGAUGAGGUCAUGCGACUGAUUGACUCUUCUCAAGCAGCAGAAAGAGGUCAAGAGCGCCUGUGUAUGAAGCAGAGGCGGAAAGACAUGUCGUCCAUUUCUGCUCAGGACGAAAACCUUCCCCCAAACAUGCCUUCCGAGAUAGUUCCUGGCGUUCCUAAAUCAUCUUUGAGCUCUGAAGACAAUAGUGUAGUGCAACGAAACAUUUUGCCCAGGGUGAAUAAUUUUUAUCUACCGGAGCUAAAUCAUGACGUCUUAGCGGACGUGGAUUACAAUAUGGCGCGGACGUCAAAUAACUUAUGGCGGCCUUGGUGA